ACCCCGUUCAUCUCGGUGGUGGGCCUGCUGAGCGUGAGGCUUGCGGGGGCCGGCCAGGACUCUGGGAGUGUCAUCCCUGCAGAAAGUCGCCCCUGUGUUGACUGCCAUGCGUUUGAGUUCAUGCAGAGGGCGUUGCAGGAUUUAAAGAAGACGGCAUAUAAUCUAGACACACGGACAGAAACCCUCCUCAUGAGAGCAGAAAAGAGAGGCCUGUGUGAUUGCUUUCGUGCAAUACACUGA